AUAUAACUUUCACUUUUUUUUCCAGAAGGACUGAUGAUAAAGAUUAUGUGGAUUCUACUCUGCAUUUACCCUCUUCAAAUGUGUCCGAAACAGCACUGGUGUCCCGUCAACGGCGCACGUGUGUGGUGAUACAAACCAUCCCGUCAACAGCGCUUUGUGAUCGCCAACCACCACUAUUCCAAAUGAUCCUUCCAUUCAUAUUCCUUCUUGCAUCGCUUCUCCAACAAUAUGGCUCGGAAGCUGAAUCAAGUCAUGUCAGCAAAUUUCACCCCCCAAGUGUAAAGGAGCAAAACGGAGUGCAAGAUUCCCAUCAGGAGAAGAUCAUUACAGUGUCUGGAGAGGGAAUGGUUCACAGCCCAGACUUCCCCUACACUUAUCCCAGGAAUACUGUGUUGGUCUGGAGACUGGUGGCGACCAACAACAUGAGGAUCCAGCUCACCUUUGAUGAGAGAUUUGGUCUGGAGGACCCAGAAGAUGGCAUAUGCAAGUACGACUUUGUGGAGAUAGAGGAUCCGACUGAGAACACCAUCCUGGGUCGCUGGUGUGGGUCACAGUCGGCACCAGCUAGUCACACUUCUAAAGGCAGUCAGAUCAGGAUCCGCUUCAUCUCUGAUGAGUACUUCCCCUCUGAGCCGGGAUUCUGCAUCCACUACUCCAUUCUCCCUGUGAGUGUAUCAGAAACCGAAGUCCCUGCAGUUCUGCCCCAAUCCCAGCAUGGUAUUGAGGAGUUGUCGGACGCCGUGGCAGGGCUGGGCACCGUGGAGGAGGUCAUGAAGUACCUGGAGCCGGAGCGAUGGCAGCUGGAUAUGGAGGAGUUGUACAAACCUACAUGGCAUCUGCUGGGGAAAUCCUUUUUCCACAAUAAGAAGGCCAGAGGAGGAGCUGAUCUCAAUCUGUUGAGGGAGGAAGUUCGACUGUACAGCUGCACUCCACGUAACUUCUCUGUAUCCUUGCGUGAGGAGCUGAAGAGGACAGAUGCCAUUUUCUGGCCAAGCUGCCUACUGGUGAAGCGCUGUGGUGGAAACUGUGCCUGCUGCUCUCACCGCUGCUACGACUGCCAGUGUGUUCCCGCCAGGGUGACGAAGAAAUACCAUGAGGUUCUGCUGUUGAAACACCGAAGCGGUGUUAGAGGCUUGCAGAAGUCCAUGGCGGAUGUGCCCUUGGAGCACCAUGAGGAGUGUGCCUGUGUGUGCAAAGAUGACUUGGACUGACCUCAGACAAGCGUAAUACCUGCCACUGGAAUCACACAGGAUGUUUGAAAUUAACGUCUGCCGCUGUUGCAGCGUUCUGUAUCUCAUCCACUUCGGAGCAAACUAGAUCGUCCCUUUAUCCUGUUGUCCUUACGCUAAUUGGAUGAAGCAGAACAGACUGGAAUCUAAUAAAUCUUCUAAAUGGAUCUGACUGCUGUGAAAUAGCAAUAGUGUGCUCUGAGUGCAUUUUAGAAAGACAAAAAUGCACUGGAGAAGAUCUGGACUACUACCUAUGUGCUCUGAAGACUAUUUUCUUGAGCUCACAGAUCAGAACAUAUAGGUAUUUUUGCCUCUUCUUUAAGCCAGUGAGGGCUGAUAGUGUCAUGGAAAAUAGGAGCCUCUUUGUUCAAGUACUUUUUUAUGUCGAGAGCUGGCUCCAGCUGAUUUACUCCCUCUGCUCCUCUUUUAUUACCACCAAGGCAAAGAAAGGUGCUUUUUCAUCAGCAGUUUUUCUUUGCUCUUGUUUCAUUACAGAUUUAAUCUGCAGCCACGGUAAUGCUGAAAUGUCUUGCUAAUGAGACCUAUUAUGUGUAAAUAUGUCAUCUACAUUCUGUACUAUCAUGUCUUUUCUACCAAAGAUUCUCAAAGAGAAGAUACAAGUUGCACAUGUAGAAUCAGUUGGGUUUUGUUCAUUACAACUCUUCAUUCUAUCUCAAAUCUGCUUGCUUCAGGAAUGCCUUCUGGAAUGCCUCGCAUCAAGCAAUUCUUGCUACGUUUGGGAUUGUUCAUAGUCAAUAUUUAUUUGUUUAAUGAAAGGGAAACUUAGGUCCAAGAUGUCUUGUUUGUUACAUGUGUCACUGUACAGUAGUAUUAGCCUCCAGUUUUCAUUCUUUGCUAUUUUACAUUGCCAUCGUGUCAUGGAUGUUUUACAAUUUUCUGUAUGCCAAAGUUAUUUAUCUCUACCUUUGCAAUAACUGUUUGUGUGUAUCAUUGUACUGAACAUCAAAAAUAAAUGCUUCCAUUUUUAAUUGGAGGUACAGUACUUAAGCUCAGCAGAGAAGAUAUAGAUGAUCCAAAACUAUUGCAAACAUUU